CCAUUUCCACAACCCUCCCAAGCUUCUUCUAGUCUUCCCCCUCACACCAACCAACACACACACAGCCAUGGCUGAAGUUGUAGAGAUGCCUACAACUGCAGACCCAGUAGUCGCUGCAAAGAAAGGCAAAAAGGGCAGAAAAGCACUGAAGCAGAAAGAUUCAUCAUCAGCAAAUGAGGCUAACAUUCAGGCCGGCAAGAUCUCUCAACCAGAUUUGGCUCCAGUGGUGCUGCCGCCGCCAUCUGCCGCAAAGGAGAACUAUGAGAGCCUCUCUCAGCCCAAGAAAACCAAAGCCAAACAAUCCAAGCAGUCCUUUGAGAAGGACUUACAAGAAAUGCAAGAGAGGCUUCAGGAGCUUCAGCUGGAGAAGGAGAAGACAGAUGAGCUCUUGAAGGCCAGAGACGCGACGCUGAAGCUGAAGGAGGAAGAACACGAGAAGCUUCAGAUGGAGCUCAAGAAGCUGCAGAAGUUGAAGGAGUUCAAACCCACUGUGACAUUGCCUAUGGUGCAGUCUCUGGGAGACAAAGGGCAAGAAAAGAAAGAAAAGAAGAAGCAGAAGAAGGCGUGCCCUGAAAAGAAGAAGCCAUCUCCACCUUAUGUCCUAUGGUGCAAAGAUCAGUGGGCUGAGGUCAAGAAAGCAAACCCAGAUGCUGAUUUUAAAGAGAUCUCCAACAUUUUGGGGGCGAAAUGGAAGAACGUUAGCACAGAAGAGAAGAAGCCCUAUGAGAAGAAGUACCGGGUCGAAAAGGAAGCUUACUUGCAAAUCAUUGGAAAGGAAAAGCGUGAAAAUGAAGCAAUGAAGCUCUUUGAGGAGGAGCAGAAACAGAAGACAGCUAUGGAGUUGCUUGAACAAUAUCUUCAGUUCAAGCAGGAAGCUGAAAAGGAAAAUAAGAAAACAAAGAAAGAAAAGGAUCCACUGAAGCCAAAAAUGCCUAUGUCUGCAUAUUUUCUGUUCUCAAAGGAAAGACGAGUAGCUCUGUCUGCAGAGAGCAAAAGUAUUUUGGAGGUUGCUAAGAUUACAGGAGAAGAAUGGAAGAGCAUGACAGAUGGGCAAAAGGGGCCUUAUGAAGAGAUGGCGAAGAAAAACAAGGAGAAGUACCAGCGGGAAAUGGAGCUUUACAAGCAGAAGAAGGAGGAGGAAGCUGUUAAUCUCAAGAGGGAAGAAGAUGAGCUGAUGAAAAUUCAGAAGCAAGAAGCCUUGCAACUGCUGAAAAAGAAGGAGAAAGCAGAAAACAUAAUUAAGAUAUCAAAAGAGAACCAACAGAAGAAGAAAAAGCAGCACAAGGAAGAGAAGAAUGCUGAUCCCAACAAGCCAAAGAAGCCUGCAUCUUCCUUCCUUCUAUUCAGCAAAGAAACAAGGAAGAGUUUAUUGCAGGAACGACCUGGAACCAACAGCUCAACUGUAAACGCUCUCAUCUCAGUAAAAUGGAAGGAGUUGAGUGAGCAAGAGAGGCAAAUCUUUAAUAACAAAGCUGCAGAAGCUAUGGAGGCAUACAAGAAGGAAUUGGAAGAAUACAAUAAAUCUGUCGCAACCAGUGGGGAAAAUACACAAGCAUGAAAGCCUUGAGAAGCUGGGUUUUUCCUCUUUGUUGAGCAUAUGCUGAUUGGCCAUCAGUUUGAUAGCCAAUUCUCAACUUUUUGACUGUUAACUAUCUGAUUGGGAAUUUGAAUUUUUGAUUCAAAGAAUUUUGGUGAACAUGGUGUUCUUCUAGAGAAAAUGGAUUAGUUUAGAUUUUGUUUAGUCUAAGAAAGGUCUAUUCCUAGAAUAGAACCAUCAUUCUAUAAAGAUUGGUGGCGGUUUAAAGAAGAAGAUGACUUGUUAUCGUCAUAAAGUAAAUGAUAAUGCAAAAGUUUUUAUGAAUUAGAGCUGAGUGGCUGAAGAAAACAAGGAAGCUAGUCUGAAAGAGAACUAUCAACGAUUUUGUUCGACAUCAUUUUUGAAAUUUGAAUUCGGAUGACUAAUAGACAUUAACGAUUUCUCAAA